UGAUUGUAAGAUGUCCUACUUCACUCUUCUCUCUUUAGCCUUUGGCAUCCUGAGCAGCUUCAUGCUGAGGGAGGUUACGGCUCUCAGAUUGCCACUUCCUGAUGACAGGGAUCCCAAUAGAUUUACAUGGGGACAGUUUCCUGAGAACACUCAAGAGAUUCCCCGGAGUCUGGAAAUAGAAGACUUCUCUCUCAAUGUAGCCCCAACCAGCAGCCGUGUCAGCUCUCCCACCAUCCUGCGACUUCACCCUAUAAUAAAAAAACCAACACACCUGCAUGCCAACCUCCCACUUCGCUUCGGGCGGGAUGCACAGACGAGCGCAAGGGACCGCGCUUCUAAGUCUACUAUCAACCUCCCUCAGCGCUUCGGCCGGUCCUGCACUAUGUGUGAGCGCUCAGGGACUGGACCCUCAGCCACCCUGCCGCAAAGGUUUGGGAGGGGAAACAUAUUCACUUCAGACCCUUUCCGUGCAUUGACUCUCUACACACGCACACCUGAAUCACCAUUUCCAAAAGAAAGCACUCAAGUCCACGACUACAUGUUUGAAACAGAAGAUUCAGAAGAAACUGUAAAGAGAACAGACUACACAGCUUUAGACUAAUGAAGCCCACAAAACAACAGCUGUUUAUGAGAGAUGUUUUGUUCACCAGUUUCAUGAAUUUCCUAUUCUCUUCAUGCAUUUGCAUCUGUACUUGCCUGCUUGUAAAUUGUUUGAUUAAAUUAUGAAUAACAC